AUGACGGCCGGUACUCGAAUACUCCCUGUCGUCGAAGUCAAGUCAGUUCCGACAGGAAGCGCGGAGUUCGAGGAAUUACGCUGGGCCAAGUUGAACAAACUCGAUGCAAAGGUCCCCAAGGACUUAUAUCUCCCAUCCACUUUGAUCGAGAAUCCUCCACUGGACGUAACACAGAUCCCUCGUACAUGUGGAAUUCUCACCCCCGAAGAAAUCGAGAUAACAGAAUCUUACGAUGCAGUUGGACUGGCUGCGGCGAUCGCUGAACGCAGAUACACCGCUGUCGCUGUUGCGAAGGCGUUCUCAAGGCGCGCUAUCAUCUGUCAUCAAAUCACUUGUUGCUUGACACAGUGGUUUCCUGAGGAUGCUAUCAAACAAGCUCAAGCACUGGAUGACCAUCUUGCUCUGACUGGCAAAGUCGUGGGUCCCCUACACGGUGUUCCCAUCAGUAUAAAAGAGCAUAUCCGCAUCAAGGGACAGGACACCUGCUUUGGGUUCAUGGCGGCGACUGAGUCCAGCAGCGAAGAUGCAGACUUGGUGGUUUUGUUGAGAGCUGCAGGUGCAGUGUUCUACGUUAAGACAAUGCAACCACAAGGUCUCUUACAUCUGGAGAGUGACUCCCCUCUCGGGAGAGUCCUCAAUCCCUACAAUAUCAAUCUAUCCGCGGGAGGUUCUUCGGGUGGUGAAGCUGCCUUGUUAGCUCUCCGCGGCUCCGUCCUUGGCGUCGGGACAGAUAUAGGCGGUAGUGUUCGCGGACCGGCAGCGUUCUGUGGUAUAUAUGGCUUCAAACCCACUGCCUACACGCUGCCCAUCAGCGGCCUCUCCCCUGGGGCGUUCCCUCCAGCAUUGAACAUCAUGCCCUCUGUUGGACCGAUGUGUAGAUCACUCCGGGACUGUGAUCUGUUCAUGCGCAGCGUCCUCGAGCAAUGGCCCUAUUUGGUCGACCCUUUACUGAUACCACUUCCUUGGACCGGUCUCAAAACUCCCACGAGCGCGAGGAAGCUCAAAAUCGGCAUUAUGGUCACGGAUGGUAUGAUCACCCCAAUGCCACCGAUCACUCGUGCUCUGGCAUGGGCAGAGUCCCGUCUCCAAUCUUUUGCUGGAGUGGAGGUCAAAUCCUUUAGACCUUACCAAGCAAAAGAAGGACUUACGCUUGUUCGCCGACUUUUUCUUCCAGAUGGCGGUGUGGGCUUUAGAGCCCUUCUCGCCGCAAUAGGAGAGCCGGAGCAUCAUCUGUCUACAGCUGUGCUUUCCACAGCUACGGAUGCCAGCAGCCUUGGUGCUGUAGCUCAACUACGCGUGGAUCGUGACGACUAUCGGAGACAUAUGGCCGCGCACUGGAACGCUGAAGACGUGGAUGUGGUCCUCAUGCCUGCUUUCGUAGGACCUGCAUCUGCUCAUGACACUGCGAUCUACAAAAGCUACACCAGUGUAUGGAAUGUAGUCGACUAUCCUUCGAUCGCCAUUCCGACGCCCCUUUUUGCAAAGGCGAAGGGCCAGGAGACAUAUCUGGACCAGAAUUUCGUCGGGCAGGAAGAUCAAUACGUCCGUCAGGCGUACGAAGAGACAUGCUUCGAGGGCGCACCACUCGCAUUACAACUUGUGACGCGUAAGCAUCAUGACAACCUACUCUUUGGGGCUCUGGAACUUCUCAGGAAGCCACUUCAGCUCCAUUGA